UCAGGCUCUCAACAUACCUCACAACCAGACCCUCAAAGCACCAUCUUGAAAACCAUUCCCAACCAUGGUUCCUAGUGAGAUCAGAGGUGUCCACUAUCUAGCACCAGAAAAUCCAUUCCUAGUUCCACCAAACUUUGGACUUCUGCAAAGUGACAUCCCAAACUUCCACCUUAACACCCUCCUAAGCACCUUACCAAACUGCCACUACCCCCCUUCAGGCCUUGAAUUCGUUGCUCCUCCCUCUUCAUGCCUCAGCAGCAACUCCACCUCUGAUGAAGCUGAUGAAAUUCAGUUCAACAUCAUCGACGAAAGGAAGCACCGCAGAAUGAUAUCCAACCGAGAAUCCGCACGCAGAUCAAGAAUGAGGAAGCAAAAGCACUUGGAUGAGCUUUGGUCACAGGUUGUUAGGCUCAGAAGUGAGAACCACAACCUUAUUGACAAACUCAACCAUGUGUCUGAGUCCCAUGACAGAGUGGUCCAAGAGAAUGCACGCCUCAAAGAAGAAGCUUCUGAUCUUCGCCAAAUGCUAGCAGACAUGCAAAUUGGAACCUCCUUUGCUUGCACCAUGGAGGAUUUGGAGGACCUUCCAUGCAACAACACUUCUCAACUCAAACCUGAUCCAUCAAACCAAUCGAUCACCCCUGCAGACAUGAUUCAUGAAUGAGGCUAUUUCCCACGAUAUACACAAACAUAUUAAUCACUCUAUAUAUGUCUCUUUUUCUUACUUUAGAUUUCUAUGAUCUUUGGUGCUUCCAUUGGAGAUGUGAGUUUAGAACCAUAUCAUAUAUAUAUAAUUAUAUAUCAAUUAUCAUAUAAUUUACAGCUUUACAUGUUCUUCACUUGGAAUCAUUAUAAUAUCAAGAAAAUUAUGGUUA